AUGGGCGUCCCCAUACCGGAGCGUAACUGGGAGCAACUGCGCUGUUGGAGCUUGGGCUUGUACGGUGGCUCGCUGGAGUCUUCGGACGAGCUCUGGGGUAAGGCCAUUGGCCCUACAGAGCGUACGGAGUCGUGUUUCGGUGCCUACAGCCUUCUGGAGGCAUGUCAUGUAGUGGCACCGGAGGGUGAGCUUCCUAUCUAA